AUGAAGUGCCGCGCGUUGGCGCUCGUGGCCGUCGCGACGGUCGCGGCGGCGGCUGCAGGCGCCGGCGACGCGCCGGCGCCGCCUGCGGGCCCCUACGACAACCCGAUCUGCGGCACGGCCGCGUCGCCGUGCAAGCCGUGCAACCGCACGUUUCGGAUCGGCGCGCCGCGACUUGCCGCGCCCGCGGCCUUGGGCAUCAUGGGCAAGUCGUUGGACUUCCUGGACGCGUGCUUCGCUUUUUACGACCAGCCGAGCGGCGUGGUGGCAUUGGACUGGGUCGAGGCGGGCUUUUUGGACAUGGCGGUUGUUUGUUCGACGUCCUUCGUGGCCGCCGCGGCGCGGGGCGCCAAGGUCACGGUCGUCGCCGUACCCUUCACGGACAUCGAGUCGAACGCGUUGGUGGCGCGCGAGGGGCUGAAUCUGCUCUCGGAUUUGAGGCACAAGACGCUAUGGACCGUGGAGGGGAGCAACGCGCACCUGAUGUUGCUCGGUACCUUGCAGAGCGCCUCGGUCGAUGCGCGCGAUGUAACUCUGGCAUUCAGCACCCCCGAAGGCAUCACGAAGGCCUGGGACAAGGGCGACGUGGACGCAGCGUGGUGCUCGGGCGGCUGCAUGGGCCACCUAGUGCGGACGCCGCCGCCCGGCUCGGAGAUGCCGGGCCACGUCAUGAUCGACGCCGGCGACGCGACGGCCUGGGGGUUUCCGACGGGGAAAGCCGUGGUCGUGUCGGAGCGCGUUUUACAGACAUCGCCCGACAUCGUAGCGCACGUCGUCGCCUACCUCUGCCGGUCGAGCUGGGACUACAGAGUGUCUCAGGGGGGUGGACGGAGCUAUCCGUGGAGCCAGCAGGUCCUGCCCGACGGCCGCGACACGGCAGCCAUGUGGCAGCCCGGCGGCGCCUACCUCGACGUCCUGUCGGCGUACUCGCAGAAGGGGCGCUUCCCCGCGCCGCCCGCGGCGGUCGUGCAGGGCCUCCAAACAGCUAUUUACUUCACCGCGGAAGACCAGAUCUACAAGAUCGAGCCGGUCCUGGAGUGCGACCGGGCCACGUGCGUCGACGGACAGCGACAAGUACCACAUUGGUGA